AUGGACACUGCCCUGAUCGACAAUGCGGAAUCCAACUUACCCGUCGACGGCCUAAAGGUUGAGCGCAGGACAGAAGAUAUAGGCACGGCCGCGGAGAAGGGUAGCGGGGCGGAGGCGUCCGAGGCGGCUGUGGAGAUAGCCGCACCGGCGGAGGAGGUUCAGGCGGAUAGAGCUGGAGAAGGAGAACUGGCAGGAGGAGCCGCCGAAGGAAGCGAGGCACCAGCGGAGGUCCCUUCAGCCGACGUUGCGGCUGCACAGGCAGCAGAGGAGGGCGCUACGGAGGUGGAGACUACGAAGGCGGAGGAUGAGAGUACCAGUGCGGUACCGGAAGACAAGGAUGGACAGGAUGGCGGAGACGAGACUCACCCGGCCAGCGAGAUCGUCCGUACCGACACGCCUGGAUCUCGGACCUCUACACCACCCCCUGGCGCCGUCACUGCGCCCAAGAAGUUCUCGGCUGUCAAUGUCACGAAGAAGUUCCUGUCCAAGACGGCUCAGCCAUCUCCUGUACCCUCUCCCGGAACAAAACUGGGUCUCAACGGCCGUCCCUCCGCUUCUCCCGUACCCAUCUCAUCUUCUUCAUCGCGCCUCCUAUCCACAACACUCACCACCGCCCCUCUCGCCAAAUCAUCCGCAUCCUCCACUCCCCCCGUUCCUGCCGUUUCGGCAUCGUCAUCCGCAUCGCCAUGGGCCAAGCCUGCCGCAGCUCUCGAGACGACGUCCGAGACCUCCACACAGCAGACAAAGCGGUCUCUAGGGAAUAUGGCGUCUAGUACGAGCCAGGGCCAGGGACAGGCGCAGGGAUCAGCAGCAUCCAAGACGGUAGCGUGGAGGUCGGUCGUUCCUGAAGGAAGGUCAAGAAUAGGGAUGUCUAGGGAUUUCCCCACGGCAAGGGAGAUUGCAGAGGGAGAGUCUAGAUUAGGCAGGGAGAUUGCGGAAGGCAAGAUGCAGGCGCAGUUGGCGGCGCAGCAACAGGCGGCACAUAAUCAGGCGCUAUUGAAGAGUCUGAAUGCUUUCACGCACCUCGAUUCGGCGCAUCGCUGGGACGACGACGAUGAUGGGGACGACGUGAUUGAUUUCGGCGACGGCUCGGACUUACCCCCUCUCCCCACACCCAUCGAUGUAGCACCUCCGGCGGCCAAGCCCGAGCGCUACGUUGCAGCAGACGAUUUCGACCGGAGCUGGCCACGCAAAGCCCCCGUCGAAAUCGCCGGGCGUCGGGAAGAACGCGUCCUGUUCAACGCGAAUUCCAAUCGGCUCGAACCGUCUUUACCUCGUCAAGCUCCACCACCUGCACCUACCCGGCUCAUGUCUCGGAACAGCGACCAAUCUGUCCGACCACCUACAGCUGCUGGACCGUCAAUACUGGAUCGAGCGCUUCCGCCACAUCAGCAGCAGCAACCCGGGAAUCGGGCGUUACCGCCCCAUAUGGCCGGGAUGCAGCAGGAGGCACCGCGGGCUAUGGGCUCGGCGCCACCGGCAGCGGCUGGAAGGCCUGCUUGGAGCAUGCCCCGGGAUAUGGGCAGGCCAGCGCCAGCACCAUCAGCUGUGCCCGAGCGGGAAAUUACGCGACCAGCUGUCCGUUCUCCCGUCAAAUCUACGACAAACCUCCCUUCGCGUCCUACUUGGGAACAACAAGCUGCUCAGCCCCAACAAUCUGCACCCCGCCCUCCUCCGCCUACCCAAACUCCAUCAUCACAAGCACCACCACCACCCACACAGCCAAGCGUCACUUCGCCACCCGCCGUUUCCGCCUCAUUAGCAGGAGGGAAGGUGGACGAGCAGACGGCCGAGAUGCAUACGGCGGCGGAACGGGCGCGUCUGAGGAGGUUGGCGGAAGAGGCAGAGCGGAGUGCGGCGAUGGAACGAGCAAAGAGAAAGGCAAAGGAGCUGGAAGAAAGGUUGGGCAUCAAGUCCGCCGCGCCGGCAGCACCAGCUGCGGCACCCGCACCUGUCGCUGCUCCACCACCGCCACCGCCCACAAUCCUACGCCGACCAAUGCCUGCGGCACCAGCUCCACCGCCCGGCUUGGCUCCAAGCACGUCCGCGCCUCCUCCACCCGUCCUCGCACCCGCGCCCGCCGGGCCGAAGCCCGAACCCUCUCGACAGGUCGAAUCCUCCUGGCGGGCCCGGCCGACCUCUAGCGCGGCAGAACCACCCAAGGCCAACGGCCCGGUACCUCCAGCUGUGGCGGAGAAGUCAACAAUGCCUGCUCAGCCAAGAGUGGACCCCAUCCGCCAAGCUCAUGCGCACGCCGAGCGGAGUCUCCAACAGGCGAUCCAGGCCCAGCCUGCUCGAGCGUCACCACCGCACAUACAGGCGGAAGCACCUCAGCCUGUGGUUCCUCAGGCUGCUGCACCGUCAGCGACCGUGCCGGCGCUGAUAGAGGCGGUGGUUCGUCUACCUGGGCAAGCAAUGCUGCCCGAGUCGGACCAGCCGCCGCGGAAAGACAGCGGAUUCGACAGCAUGUUGGCGAGGAUACAAGCUGCUAUGGCUGAGGCUCGGCUUGUUGCUCCUCCCAUCAUCGAGUCUGUUCUUCCGCCUGCCCCUGCCCCAUUACCAGCGGCCCCCGCUGCUGCUAUCGCCCAAAUCACCCGCUCUCCGCCCAAAGCACCAUCGCAACCCCCUAAACCCACCCUUCCGCCCCUCCCCUACUUCUUCGACGUGACCCACACCCACCCACCACGCUCCCCACCUCCCGCCUGGCGGACAUAUACAGUCCGCCUCCCCUCUUCCCACUCUCCCCGACCGACCAUCUCCCCCGCCCGCCUCAAAUCAUCCCAAACACCCCUUUCACACCCCCAGGGUUGGCUCCUCGUCUUCCAGCCUCCUCUGGAUCUUCCCCCAAAUACUAUACUGGCGGACCAACUCCUCCCCCGCCCUAUCUAUCAGCAGCGAUUUGGACGACCCCUCGACUCGGCGCCGAUCGUCUCAAUCUCCCCACGCAAGCUGGAACCGUUCGAGCGGAAGAAGAAAAAGUCGUCCAUGUCGCCUGUAAAGAGUCUGCGCGGGAUGGAGUUGAUGCCGCCCCCGUCGUCGGCGGAGAGCCUGAUGGCGCCCACUCAGCCUGCAUAUGGCUGGCAGCGUGGCGAUAGAGCUGCGGGAUCAUCGACGUGGACUACUCCGGCCGCAUUUGCGGCGGCGACGGUGGCACCUCCGGCAGUAUCGAUCGAUACUGCCCACUUAUCGCCCGACGCUUCGGAAGGCGCCGACCCCUCCGCUCUUGGUCUUUCCCAGAUCAAGAAGCCUCGAUCGCCUGUCAAAUCGUCGCCCGCUGCCAAGGCGGAGAAGGAGGGGCAAUUUGCCCAGGAGGCAGUCUCGGUCGGCCCGAUCGCUCGGUCCCGUCCGGUUGAAGUCAAGCCGGGCGUAAGAUUUAUGGCUUCGUCUGAGUUGGAAGGGGACAGCUUGCUGGAUGAGGUCAAUAAGAUGAGCUUGGAGACGGUCGGCGAGGGGUGGGGAGGGGAUGAGAAGGAUGAUGUCUCAAAGACACCCGGAUCCGAGACCCCUAAAACGCCCCCAUCGCUCAGUGCCGGCUCGUCCCGCGGUCAACCGUCUUCUCCAGGUGGUGCAGGAACACCUUGGUCUCGCUCCACUCCGCGCAGUGCGACUCAGCACGACCAUAUCAAGUCGGUAUGGGAUCUCGCUGGGUCAGCCGACGCUACCCGCCCCGUACCCAGCACUAUCGCCGAUAUUCCCCUUCCUCCUCCCCUCGUCUCUGCCCCGUCGGCUCAAUCGGCCCAGUCCGACUCAUCAGCGCCCAUGUACCCUUCCCUCAAUACCCCCUCGUCUGAGCAAAUCCCCGCCAUGCCCCUUCCCUCCAGCUCAGCACUCGGCUACCCUCAAUCCUCCAACUCGCCAUUCUCUCCUGGGUCUCACGGGGCCUUCAUGCGCCCUCCGACCAAUGCGCACGGGUACGCCUAUGCUCCCAGCCCGACCGGCUCCGCCGAGCCGUACUCUGCCGCAGCACUCGCCGCUCGGCCCAACGGCGGCUUCUCGUCCCCUUGGUCCCCUGCUGCUUUUGGCGCGUCGAUGCCAUCGCCAGGUUACGGCUACACCGGCAAACAGCAAUCAUCGCUGCCCGACCCAAAAGCCACCGAAAACUCGUACGCCUACUCGCAAGCCGCGGCUUUCGCCCAGGCGCAACAACAGCGAUAUGCCCAGGCGUAUGUGCAGCAGGCCCAAGCUCAGGCCCAGCAAGCGCAGGUGGCGGCGUACCAGCGGGCGUAUGGGUACGGGUAUACACCGCAGGCGGCGGUGCAGGCGCAAGCGCAAGCCCAGGCUCAGGCCGCGGGACAAGGUGGACCGCGCGCUGCGGUGGGCGGAGGGAGGUUUGGGCAGGUCCAACCACAAGGCCAGGUCCAAGUUCAGCCGGGUGCGAAUGGGGAUUAUACGCAUGGCCAGGCUGUAACGGGAUAUGGCGAAGGUGGAUACUACGCCGCGGUCGGAGCGGGACAGCAGUCACAACGACAUCUCGCGGCGCAGAGCAGUCCUGUGUAUGGGCAAUCACCACUUCCUCACUCGCACCCGCACGCUCAUGGACAUGGGCAUCAUCAACAACAGCCGGGCCAGCCGCAGACCCCACAGCAACAACAGCCGGGGCAGGCGUAUGGUGCAGGGGCGGUGGGACAGCAGAUUAUGAGGGGGCAGAGGAAGAUGUGGUAG